UGCGCUUGCAGAGGUCAUUCGGCUAAGUGAUUCUAGCACCUGCAAGCAUACCACGUUAUCGGUAACAGUCCCAAGCUUGCGAUCUCUCAACGACAUCUAUAAAACUGUCAAAAUGGCUGGGAUGACAUGGGGUAAAUAUUUGGCAAGCACACAUUUCUGGGGGCCUGUUGCCAACUGGGGCCUGCCGAUAGCUGCGAUGAUGGACCUGAAGAAAGACCCAACCAUGAUCAGUGGUAAAAUGACCACAGCCCUUUGUAUAUAUUCCAUGUUGUUUAUGCGAUUUGCAUGGAAAGUACAGCCGAGGAACAUGCUCCUGUUUGCCUGCCAUGCGACUAAUGAAACAACACAGCUAGUACAGCUAAUGAGAUUUACACAUCAUUUUUAUCUAAAGUCUCCAGAGGCUCCAGAAGAGUACCAAACAUCAGUACACAAGCCAACAGAAUAGAUGUGAUAUUGUCUUGCUGGCAUGUUUGUAUAUUUAUUACAACAGAAUAGAUGUGAUAUUGUCUUGGAAUAAAUGCUGAAUUUGUCUGCCCAGCAUGUUUGUGUAGAUAUUGAUUAAUUCUCACAGACAUGUAUGUGUAGGUGUCGAUUAAUUCUCACAGACAUGUAUGUGUAGUGUCGAUUAAUUCUCACAGACAUAUAUGUGAAGGUAUCGAUUAAUUCUCACAGACAUGUAUGUGUAGGUGUCGAUUUAUUCUCACAGACUUGUAUGUGUAGGUGUCGAAUUAUUCUCACAGACAUGUAUGUGUAGGUGUCGAUUAAUUCUCAGACAUAUACAUGUGUAGGUGUCAAUUAAUUCUCACAGACAUGUAUGUGUAGGUGUCGAUUUAUUCUCACAGACUUGUAUGUGUAGGUGUCGAAUUAUUCUCACAGACAUGUAUGUGUAGGUGUCGAUUUAUUCUCACAGACAUGUUUGUGUAGGUGUCGAUUAAUUCUCACUGACAUGUAUGUGUAGAUGUCAAUUUAUUCUCACAGACAUGUAUGUGUAGGUGUCGAUUUAUUCUCACAGACUUGUAUGUGUAGGUGUCGAAUUAUUCUCACAGACAUGUAUGUGUAGGUGUCGAUUAAUUCUCACAGACAUGUAUGUGUAGUGUCGAUUAAUUCUCACAGACAUAUAUGUGAAGGUGUCGAUUAAUUCUCACAGACAUGUAUGUGUAGGUGUCGAUUAAUUCUCAGACAUAUACAUGUGUAGGUGUCAAUUAAUUCUCACAGACAUGUAUGUGUAGGUGUCGAUUAAUUCUCACAGACUUGUAUGUGUAGGUUUCUUUAUAUUCUCACCAACAUGUUUGUGUAGGUAUUGAUUAAUUCUCACCAACAUGUAUGUGUAGGUGCCGAUAUAUAUUCUCACAAAUUCUCACAGACGUAUAUGUGUAGGUGUCGAUUAAUUCUCACAGACAUGUAUGUGUAGGUGUCGAUUAAUUCUCAGACAUAUACAUGUGUAGGUGUCAAUUAAUUCUCACAGACAUGUAUGUGUAGGUGUCGAUUAAUUCUCACAGACAUAUAUGUGUAGGUGUCGAUUAUUUAUCACAGACAUAUAUGUGUAGCUGUCGAUUUAUUGUCACAGACAUGUAUGUGUAAGUGUCUUUAUAUUCUCAACAACAUGUUUGAGUAGGUGUCGAUUAAUUCUCACUAACAUUUAUGUGUAGGUGUCGAUUUAUUCUCACAGACAUGUAUGUGUAGGUGUCGAUUUAUUCUCACAGACAUGUUUGUGUAGGUGUCGAUUAAUUCUCACUGACAUGUUUGUGUAGGUGUCGAUUUAUUCUCACAGACAUGUAUGUGUAGGUGUCUUUAUAUUCUCACAGACAUGUAUGUGUAGGUGUCGAUUAAUUAUCACCGACAUGUAUGUGUAGGUGUCUUUAUAUUAUCACCAACAUGUAUGUGUAGGUGUCGAUUUAUUCUCACAGACAUGUAUGUGUAGGUGUCGAUUUAUUCUCACAAACUUGUAUGUAAAUAGGUGUCAAUUUAUUCUCACGGACAUGUAUGUCUAGCUAGGUGUCAAUUUAUUCUCACUGAAUAUGUUUCUCUAGCUAGGUGUCAAUUUAUUUUCACGGAAUAUGUUUGUGUAGGUGCUGAUUUUGUGUACCAACAUGUUUGUUUAACUGUUGAAAUAGAAGAAGUGCUUGCAUCGUCUCAACAACACAUUUGUUUUAUCACGUUUGAAUUAAGUGCUCCUGAAAAGUGGUUUUAGGCAGCAAUGGUUGAUGCAAGUAUACAUACAUGUACAGUGAAUACUAGCUAGUAAGAAUUUGAAGAUCAAUUCAUUAUCUCUAUGUGGCAUGUGACAUAUUUCUUAAAAUAACGGGCCUAUAGCAAUUACUUAAUCAAAGCAACACAUUUUAAAAUGAGUUCUGAAUGUAAAACCCAAUGUUAGUUUAUGCCACUGUGAUGCCUUAUAUUGUACAUUAUCCUAGUUACAGUGACUGUGUUCUUUACAUAAUGAUGUUCUCUAUGAAAACAUGUCUCAAAUUGCAUUUAAAAGAUUUUAAUAAUCAGGAAAAAAACUUCCAAUAGGGCAUAUAUAUGUGCAUUUUAAACUAAUUUUACUGCCAUUUCUUUAAUUAACGGUCAGAUUUUAAUAGUAACAUGCCUUUUUCAUAUGAUCUUUCGAAAGGGCAUCAAGUGAUCUUUGAAUGUGUUGCAACCUUGACCCAAGGUCAUAUCUCUGUGGUCAAUGUCACAGAGUUUGGACAUCUUUAACUGGCUUCAAAGCUAUAAUUCUGUACUUGUACUCUUUUGUACAGAUGAAGAGUUGGUGAGGCAUAUGCAUUGUGCCUAUCUGUGGGAUUGAGAUACCCGACAUGUUUGACAGCUCACAUUUCUCUAUCUUACACAUAGGUAGUGGCAAAACAAUACUGUUACUUAUUUAUAUUGUAAGUUCUCUACUCAGUUUAUGUAUUUAAAAUGGGUAUGAUGAGAUUACUGAUGUUUUAUGCAUUUUAGAAUGUUAAGUACUUUUACAUAAUGAACACAUUGCUGAUGAAUGAGAGUUUAUGUGAAUGUAGGUAAGAGGGUGAGAGGCAUUUUAUAUUUAGUAUUGUUUUGGUACAGGACAGGGCAUUUAAUCGCCAUUUAUAAUAUCUAUUGGAAAGAUAUAAUACAACAUAAUCAUCCAUUGAAAUAUUGUAUUAGUGAACGUUAAUAAAGUCUUAAUUAAGUCUGAAAUUUUGUUCAGCUAUCUUCUGCUUAUAUGUAUGCAAACAUUGAUUAAAGGUUCUAUGUAAUUAUGAAGGGAGGCACUAUUAGUUUUCAGAUGUAAAAUACAUUUUGCUAUAAAUUAGAAUAAUGCACUGUUUAUUCAUAACAAAAUUGAUGUGUGAAAGAUGAGAGAGUCGGGACAUUUAGAUCAGGUGUGUUUGCCGUCAUACAUGUACAUACAAGUGUAAUUUGUUUUGUGAUGGUGCACUGAGUAGUACCGAGUAUCAUUAGAAUUUUGAUCCGAGUGUAAUUUUCACAAACAUGGAACUGAGUUUUAUAUGAAAUCAAUUGUUAGCUGUAAUAUGUGAGCAAUCAAUGUCAUAUACUGCUGUAAAAAUGAAGUCUGUUCAGUAGAACUUACUGUCUAUAGCUAGUUAUAAAAAUACCCAAGGAUGUUCAUGUAGACUUACUGUCUAGUUAUAAAAAUAUCCAAGGAUGUAGCAUAAACCCCGUAAAAAGAUUUGACUCAGUGUAAUAGAUCCCAUUACCCAUUUCACUUGGAUGAGUCCAUUGAUUAUUUAGAGAACAUUCCACUUACCCACCUGCUGUGUUAGCUAUGGUAAUACAUCCCUCACAUGUGUGUACUAGAUGUAGAGUUGGUACAUGUAGUCUGGAAAAACUACCUUGAACUCCUUCCUGUGUGAUGAUGAAUUAUAUCAUUGGAUGAGGACAUUGUUUAUAGUGCUACUGUAUAUAUACACUGUAAAUCACCUUAAAUGAAGAAAACUAGGCUGUGUUGGGGGUGGUUGGGGGUGUGGCCCAUGUUGGAGGUUCUUUAAGUGUUUGAGGUUGAUUGAGGGUGUCACAGAGAACAGUUAUAUUGUUGUAGUUGUUGAUACAUUAGGUUCAGUAAAUGUUAACAUGCUCCAUUAAGUUAGCUUCUCCCCAUCAGCUUCACUUUGGUUGUGCCCUAUGAGUUACUUACCGGUAGGUCUAGCAUGCUGUGUGGUAGCUUAUAGGAUUUUAAAUGAUAAUUUCGUAAAAUUUAAGCAAUAUGGUGUAAAUUAUUUGUAACACAUUGUCAAAUAUUGGAGAAAAAGGGAGAAUGGUUAUGCAAUGAAUGUCUACUUAAAACCAUCUAAAAAAAGUGAAAAAAAUCUGAUCCUUACUUAAUGUUAGCCUGCAAGGCAUGUUAAACAACCUGAAAGUAAAUCUUUUGGUGUUUAAAAAUCAUAUUGUCAAUACCAAAGCUGCUUGAGGCAAUCUACAUUUGUAUAUUGGUUUUGUUAAUCGGCAGAGGUAUGGAUAAUCAUAACAUGGUAAUUUGGAUAGACGAUUUUUGGAAACAAGGAUAUAAACAUUUUCCGAUGGGCAUGGGCGAUAAUUACACGUACAGCAGUUUGACGAGGACGAUUGUUUACAUGUAUAAUUAUUGCUGAACAUUGAUUGUUCUCAGGUGAAGGUUAAAUACUUGGGUAGCCUAAACUAAGUUAUACACUAGUGAAGGGAGAGGAGGGCGAUUGUUAUAGGGACUCUUCACAAAUACAAUUACAUGUAAAACUUGGUGAUAAACUAAACAAUUUUGGCCUCUGAAGUAGAUAGUCUAAGCAAUUUUUGUAAUUUGUAUUCAAUAGAUCCGACACAGUAUCAUACCUGUUAAGUAAUAGCAAAAAGGUAGUGUAUGCUUUGCAAAUGUUUUAUUUAUCAUAUAUUAACAUUUUUACGAAAUUGUUAUUUUUCUAUUUAAACUUUGAUUUCAAGUUUGAUGAAGAUUGUUGACAUGCAAAUGUAAAUGUUGCAUAGAAAUAAAGAUAAACUGAAACUUGAACAUUGACAUAAAUUAGUUGUACACAAGGUGGCAACUGAAACGAGCGAUGUAUUUUUUUUCUCCUUUACACUUACAAAAGAAAAAUUCAGAUGAGUAUCUUAAUAGCUCAUCUAUAUCCUUAAUUAUUAUGUACUGUAUAAUCUGAGAGGGAAGUAUCUCUUUUUGAAUAAAAAGUGUCAACUUGUU